UGCAUAAACUCUCACACUUUCAAUAUUCCUAACUCACUGAUAUCUAUCUAUAUAUAUAUAUUAUACAUAUAUAUUUCUUCCCCAUCCCUAAAACUCCAUAGCCAUGACUUCAGAGAAGGUGGAGACUGUUGUUGCUGGAAACUAUGUAGAAAUGGAGAGAGAAGAAAGUGAGUUAAAUUCUGCAAAAAGCAAAAUAUCAAAGUUCUUCUGGCAUGGAGGCUCUGUUUAUGAUGCAUGGUUUAGCUGUGCUUCAAACCAGGUUGCGCAAGUGCUUCUUACUCUUCCCUAUUCAUUCUCACAACUAGGAAUGAUGUCUGGAAUACUUUUUCAGCUCUUUUAUGGGUUGAUGGGAAGUUGGACUGCUUAUCUUAUUAGUGUCCUCUAUGUUGAGUACAGAACCAGGAAGGAAAGAGAGAAAGUUGAUUUCAGAAACCAUGUCAUUCAGUGGUUUGAAGUUCUUGAUGGGCUAUUGGGAAAGCACUGGAGGAACAUUGGGCUGUUUUUCAACUGUACAUUUCUUCUAUUUGGAUCUGUGAUUCAGUUGAUAGCCUGUGCAAGCAAUAUCUACUACAUUAAUGAUAAUCUUGACAAGAGGACAUGGACCUAUAUAUUUGGAGCUUGUUGUGCAACCACAGUCUUUAUUCCUUCUUUCCAUAAUUACAGAAUAUGGUCAUUUUUAGGACUUAUUAUGACCACUUAUACUGCUUGGUACUUAACCAUUGCCUCCUUUCUCCAUGGACAGGUUGAAGGAGUGAAGCACUCAGGACCAGCUAAGAUGGUUCUCUACUUUACUGGAGCUACCAAUAUUCUUUACACUUUUGGAGGGCAUGCUGUGACAGUGGAGAUAAUGCAUGCAAUGUGGAAGCCACAAAAAUUCAAGCUCAUCUACUUGGUAGCUACUCUUUAUGUGUUGACUCUAACCCUACCUUCAGCCUCUGCUGUUUAUUGGGCAUUUGGAGAUUUACUUCUCAACCAUUCCAAUGCCUUCUCAUUACUUCCAAGGACUGCCUUUAGAGACACUGCAAUCAUCCUCAUGCUCAUUCACCAGUUCAUAACUUUCGGAUUUGCAUGCACGCCCUUGUACUUCGUGUGGGAGAAAUUCAUCGGGAUUCAUGAAACCAAGAGCUUAUGCAAGCGUGCCCUUGCAAGGCUUCCGGUGGUCAUCCCUAUAUGGUUUCUCGCCAUCAUAUUCCCUUUCUUUGGUCCUAUUAACUCCACGGUUGGCUCACUUCUAGUCAGUUUCACCGUCUACAUAAUCCCAGCUAUGGCUCACAUGUUAACUUUCGCUUCUUCCUCGGCUAGAGAGAAUGCUGUGGAGAGACCUCCAUCGUUUCUAGGAGGCUGGGCCGGGUUCUAUUGCAUCAACAUCUUUGUUGUUGUGUGGGUGUUCAUCGUGGGAUUCGGUUUUGGUGGGUGGGCUAGUAUGCUCAAUUUCAUUCACCAAAUUAAAACUUUUGGUGUUUUCACUAAGUGCUAUCAGUGCCCUCACAAAGCUUGAAAAGUAACUUCCCCUUCAGUUAGAUCUAUCCACCCCUACUUACAAAACAAAAAGCUUGAAAAGGAACUGAAGUAUAUAUAUAUAUAUAUUAUGAAGGAGGAGUGUGAAGAGAUUGCAUGAGCUUUUGUAUUUAAACCUUUUCAACCCCUUUCUUUUACUUAUUUUUCUUUUUGGGGAUUUUAGUAAUUUGUAAGUGUGUUGAUUUCCUUCUUUCUUUCUUCUUAAAUGACUUUUGAUCAAAAGUGUAACUCCCCUUGCUUUAUGGGAUCUAAUAUGGUUUGCUAUU